AUGGAAGAAAGCAAACUGCUUGGACGCAAUUCCUCCUCGGACGGUGAGACGGAUUCUUCUGGAUUUGCUGACACCUUGGAUCGUGGCUCUAUCCGCUGGACCGCCAUGUCACGUUGUGAGAUGUUACGUUGCUGUCUUGAUAUUAUCCUCAUUCUUUGCCUUCUGGGGACAACCACUGCGGUUCUCAGACAGGACGCCGGGCGACACGAAAUAACGGCUUGGCCGGUGGGAAGCGACUACAAUCACUUUGUCCCACAUGCCUUUGUCCGGGCCUUCCCAUAUGACGGGAGCGGGCCUCAGAAGCUGUUUUCAGGUGACUUGUUCGAGAUUGCAGCUUUCCAUCAGAUCCACUGUCUGACGUCCAUCCUGGAGGAUUUUGGUCUCUUGGCUGCCGGUGUUCCCAAGGAGGAGCUGCCUGGUUAUCAUAGCGGGGUCACACUAACGUGGGAGGAGCACAAGGCGCACUGCUUCAACUACGUCCGGCAGGCUCUAAUGUGCUUUGCUGACUCCACUGCCGAAGGCCAUAUCGAUGGUGACACGCAUCGGGUUGCUGAUCAUGGGGUCAUGCACGUUUGCAAUGACUUUGAUGCCCUACUGGCGUGGUCAAAGGAACCCGAGCGGGCAUUACCCAAGAGUUGGAGGGUGACAGAUUGA